ACAACAGAGGCACCAGUUGAUCAACUUGUUCAACAACGCAUGGACGUCAAUUCCUCAGCAGUGAACGGUAUCGUGUCUAUAGGUUCUGGUUUCUCAGGCCUUCGCGAGCUCCUAGGUGCUCUGGACAUACCCGGCAUGGCUGGUAGCACGUACAGUAAGUAUCAGGAUAUUGUUGCUAAAGGAAUCGACGAAACAGCUUGGGAAGAAAUAAGAAAAGCAGGCAUUGAGGAAGCUCGGUUAGCUAGGGAGGCUGGGGACGUCGAUGCUGACGGUUUUCCUAUAAUUACGGUCGUUGCCGAUGGUGCUUGGUGCAAACGUUCAUACAAGAACAAGUACGACGCUCUUUCUGGCUUGGCUGUAAUUGUUGGGUACCGCACAAAGAAAGUACUGUUCCUAGGCGUCCGGAACAAAUUUUGUACACUGUGCGCAAGUUCCAAGGCAGGGUCGAGCCCAAAAAAGCAUCUGUGCUUCAAGAACUGGGACAGCAGCUCUACCAGUAUGGAGAAGGAUAUCGUCGGUGAAGGCUUCAGGCGCAGCAUUGAGUUGCACGGGGUAAAGUACUUGCAGUUGAUCGCUGACGGUGAUUCGAGCACAUACAAGUCAAUUCUUGAAGCUGCACCGUACCAGCAUCAGGUAGUUCAGAAGGUAGAAUGUCGCAACCACCUUCUUCGAAACUAUGUAAGUCGUCUUCGAGAUGUUGCUUUGGCAAAGAGAACAACCCCCAUUCCCCCAUCGUUGAAGAAGCUACUUCUGGAUAAUGCUGUUCGACUAAGAGUUGGAGUUGCUAGGGCUAUUCACUAUCGCAAAGAGCAGGCCGAGUUCAGCAAACAAGAUCAGAUUCGGAACCUGGUGGCUGAUAUCCGUAAUGGGCCACUCCAUGUGUUCGGCGACCACGCAAAAUGUGCGGGUUACUUUUGCAGUGGUCCAAAAGAAGGGGAAGUCAAUCACGUCCCAGAGCUCAGGAAAUGCGGACUUUUCAAUGAAAUCCUUGUAGCGAUGAGUCGUUUGGCAAACAAUGGUAGCAGCUUGAUCCUUGACGUUAACAAUAAUGCUGCAGAACAUUUCAAUUCUCUCGUUGCAAAGUUUUCUGGCGGUAAAAGAAUAAACUUUUCCCAGAGGGGAUCAUUCGGAAUGCGGGCUUCAGGAGCUGUCGUGUCUUUCAACUCUAAGCAGUACCAUCGUGCUCUACAUAAGGCAGUGUACAACACCAGCCCUGGGAAGUAUGCAAAAAUUAUGCUGAAGCAUAAAGCAGCUGUUCGUGCUGCUUGCAUAAGGCAUCGGAGUUCUGGGGCUGCUCGCUGUAAGCGUUCACUUGAAGGUGCGCCUUGCAAGCGUGCUUCCAGCGACAACCACUAUGGUUCCAUAGUGGAUGCUCCAGACAUGAACCACGAUGACUAUGUUGAAGCUGCUGCGGCGUACAAGGAUUCCCUUGUGCUCUCCCAACCAGAUGCAGAGCAGCUCGAGGCUGAUACUCGAGGUCAAGAAGGGAGAACUUUGUGGAUGCAGGAGAGGCGAAAGCGACUCACCGCUUCUAAUUUUGGCAAGGUAUGCAAGAUGCGAGAUGCAACGAGCAGUGCAAGUACUGUUCGUUCCUUGCUCUAUGGUCAUUUUGACACUGAGGCUCUCCGAUAUGGUCGCGACACUGAGCCCAUUGCAAUUGCUAAGCUGCAGGAUGAGUUAGGGGUGACUGUUUCACCAUGCGGCCUUGUUGUUGAUCAGGAGUUUGCAUACCUUGCUGCAACACCUGAUGGGCUUGUCGGUGAUGACACUGUCGUGGAAGUGAAGUGCCCUUAUUCGGCUCGGCCCCUUACCCCUGUGGAGGGAGUGCGGGCAAAAAAAAUCACCUUUUGCACUAUUGAUAACUCUGGUAAUAUUUCGUUGAAGGAAAACCAUGACUACCACUAUCAGGUGCAGGGACAGCUCCACAUCACUCGACGUCAGUUUUGUCUUUUUGUGGUAUAUUCUGGCGAGGAAAUUUUUGUCCAGAAGAUCGAGAGAAAUGAUGGCUUCUGGAGCAAAAUGAUUGGCCACCUUCAACUGUUCUACUCGCAUAGCCUUCUACCGGAGUUGGUUGACCCUCGUCAGUCCCGUGGGCUGCAGCUCAGAGAUAACAAGAAGAGUGACCAUCAGGUUGCCUCGCUCUGUGAUGCCGCCAAAACAACUUCCAAUCAGGGCGAUUCAUCCAGAAAGAGACGGAAGACUGGUAAAGAUAACUCACCUGCCGCUGUUCUGUAAUUAUGGCUAGACUGUGGAUUUACGUGUCAUUUAGUUUGUGCGGCUCCACCUUUGCCAAGUGUUUUAAUGCAUAUUCAUCCAUUUUGCUUCAUAAUUUACUGAAUGUUUUUCCAUAUACAUGUCUUCGACUUUGGCUCAGGCUGCAUAUCUUCACGUUUGUGUUUCAUAUUUAAGUUACCUUUUUCCAUUUUUA